UGCUCUGUGUCUGCAAAAACAGUCUUAACUUUAGACCCACCUAGCUGAUCAAAAAGCAUUAUCCUUUUUCAAAACCCACUAUAUUGCUCUAGACUGUUAAAACCAUAUAAUAUAAUAAAAUAAUUGCCUCUUCCUUUUUAUUUUUCUCUUAUAUUCUUCAUGUUCAAGUUCAAGGGCCUAUUUAUUAUACAAUUUCCUGACGUAAUUGCUCAAGUACCAAUAUUUGUUUUAUUAUAAAAGCAUGUACCUUUUGUUCUUCCUACCUAUACAAGGUUCUCCACAACAAACACGCUGCACCGGUACUGGAUUUCUUCAAUGGUAGCUGAAGUCAUUGAAUUUCAAGAAGGAAGUUAAUGCUACAACUAGAUUGUGCACAACCUUGGUAUAAAAGCUGGGUUUUUUCCUCUGUUUUGUUGCUAACAUUGAAGACUCUUAAACAAUUAAGGAUUCUAAUAAUCCUAUUGGCUCUUGGGUUAGUGUUUUUGUUCCGGAAGGAGUUGAUCUGCAAGUGGUAACUGGUAACAAGGAUCACUUUCUCCUACAAGAUUUCUCUAGUUUCAUUUCAUAAAAAAAUUACAAUUAUCUAUGGAUGGUUUGAGUUGGGAUGCCUCACAACUGUGGAGUACUAUUCAGCAACCACCAGACUUUGAAGGAGGCUACUCCAUGCCCAAUGUUCUAAACCAAAUACAAGAGAUGCAGAAGGCUCAAACAGGUCAUGCACACUCAAAUUCUGAAAGAGUGAUUUAUCAUUCAGCAGGUGCUACCACUUCUUCAGAGAUAAUGGAUGUGAUGCAAAAGCAAAACACAAAUCUGUCACAGCAUGUGUCAACCAUGCCAGUGAAAUCAGGAGCUGGUGCCAGUUGGGGAGAAACUUUGAAAUCCCAAUCAUACCCAUCCCUAUCAAUCAAUGGACCUCAUCACAGUAUGAACCUAAUUAGCAACUACAUGCCAGAUUUCAACAUGGCCCACCACCGCCAACAACAACAACAACUUGUCAAUGGCUCACAAAAUGGGAAGGGUGCUUGCUCUAUUGAUUCUUUUGAUCAUUGCUUGCUUUCAGCUACUAACAGCAACACAGACAAUUCUGUUGAAGAUGAUGGGAUUUCAAUGAUCUUGUCUGACUGUGGAAACUUGUGGAAGUUCAGUUAUGGCAGUGCAGCUUCCACUGGUGAAUCUGAGAGUAAUGCUUCCAAUGGUAGAAACAACAAAGACAUGCAGUGUUCAGUCAAUGAAGUUGAUGAAACAGUUUCUCAAAGCACCUUGGGUAGAGGAAAAAGAGUAGAGUCAAAGACUAAUUGUUCAAAGAGUAGUCAUGAUCAAUCUGAAAUGAUCAAAGUUGGUGCCACUGCUAGUGAUUCCUGCUUCAGUAUGGUUCAGAAUCCUUCUUCUAUUGAAGAAGGUGGUUUCAGACUUAUCUCAGACGAUCCACCACAAUGCAAGAAACCCAGAUGGGAUAGGAGUUCCUUUUCAAAUAGUAUCAAUUUCCAGCAACCAACUUGUUCUAUUGAAGAACCUGAUCCAGAGGCUAUUGCACAGAUGAAGGAAAUGAUAUAUAGGGCUGCUGCCUUUAGGCCUGUGAACUUUGGCAUGGAGGUGGUUGAAAAGCCUAAGAGGAAGAAUGUGAGGAUAUCAUCUGAUCCACAAACUGUGGCUGCAAGGCACAGAAGAGAGAAAAUAAGUGAGAGGAUUAGGGUUUUGCAAAAGCUUGUGCCUGGCGGAAGCAAGAUGGACACAGCAUCAAUGCUUGAUGAGGCUGCAAACUACCUCAAGUUUCUCAGGUCACAGGUCAAGGCACUAGAAAGUCUAGGCAACAAAGUUGAUGCAAUGAAUUGUCCUCCUACUAGCAUUGCAUUCUCUUUCAACCCUUCUUUUCCCAUGCAUCCUCUCAGUCACAUCCAUCAUUCCCAGGGUUGAAGUGGUUACUAUCAUGACCUCUAAUCAUUUUGUUACCAAUCACAAUGAUUAACAUAUCUGAUCUUUAUUUUCUAGCCAAAGCUGCAGGAAAAUUCUAAUUGUUGACUUGUAUCUUUGUAUUGUAGUAAUUGUCUUCGUGAGUAUAAUCAUCAGCUACUUGUUUAGAAUUAUCUUAAUGAUGAUAUUCUCUGGUUUCUAUCAUAAUUAAUCAGCUGCACCACCACCAUCCAUGCACGACCAAA